AUGGGAGGAAGCUCUAAUGUGGCCUCAGUGGAGGAGUAUUUGCAACAAAGGAGGGAGAUGACACAGCAGUUGAAGCAAGAGCUAGCCUCGGCCCAAAACCGCAUGAAGCAGAACACGGACCGAAGGAGAAGCGAGAGGGAGUUCGAAACAGGGGAUCAGGUGUAUCUUCGACUAAGGUACAACCACCUAAAGUCAAUUUCUCGAGGGAAGGUCACUAAACUUAGCCCCAAGUAUUAUGGACCGUUCCCUAUUGAGGCUAGAAUCGGGAAGGUAGCCUAUCGAUUGAAGCUUCCCCCAGGGUCACAAAUUCACCCUGUUUUCCAUGUUUCACUCUUAAAAAAGUCGAUGGGAGCUCAACCAACAAGUUCAGUGCUACCAGCCCUUCCCAAGGAGGUCAGCGUAAGGACCGAACCAGAGGUUGUUGUCGAUAGGCGGGUGAUAUACAAGCACGGGGCGCCACUCAUCCAGGUAUUGGUCAAAUGGCGAGGGCACACUUUGGAAGACAGUACGUGGGAAUACCUUUCGGAAUUCCUUAAUCAGUUUCCACAAGCGGCCAACCUCCUUAGCAUUUCUCGAGGACUAGAAAUGGCUAAUGAAGGGGGUGUUGUCACGAAAUGA